AUAUAACUAUUUCUUUAUUUUUUAAAAAACUUUUUUAAUAAUAUUUUUUUUCAAAUAAUUUUUUUAAUUCAUAAAAAAAAAAAAAAAAAAAAAUCAAUUUAAAAACCAAAAAUGUCAACAUUAACAUCAUCAUAUAAUAGUAAUAAUAUUCAGGAUGAUAAAAUGUCCAACAAUCCAAUUAUCACUACUACAACUACAACAACCACAACCUCUCCAUCUUCCUCCUCAGGAGUUGCUAGUGGAAGUGGCAGUAUUAUGAAUUCACCAUACAUUAAUAAUAACAAUAAUAAUAAUAAUAAUAAUAAUUCAAACACUGAUAUUAACAAAAGUAUAAAUAAUAGUAACAAUAAUAACAAUAAUAAAGAUAGUAAUGCUUUUACAGUAAAAUCAAUAAUGUACAAUGAUAAAAAGAAAAAUAUAUUGACACAAAAAGAAAAUGGACCAUGCCCACUCAUUGCAAUAAUAAAUGUAUUAUCACUUCGAGGCGAAAUUGAAAUCAACGACACUCCAAUGUCAUAUGACGGACUUGUAGAAAGAAUUGGUUCACAUUUGUUUGAAUCAAUGAAAAAUUAUGAAAAUACAGAGGAACAGUUCGAUUAUGAAAUUAAAAUUAAUGAUUCAAUUAAUGCAUUACCAACCAUGAUUAGCGGGUUAAAUCUUGAUAUUAAAUUUACAGGUAUUAGAGAUUUUGACUCAUCAUGUGAUAUGAGUAUUUUUAAAGUUUUAAGUAUAGAUUUGGUACAUGGAUGGUUAGUGGACCCUCAAGAUAUAGAAUUGGUAUCAAUUAUUGGUGAUUUAACAUAUAACAAAUUAACAGAAAAAAUUUGUAAUUCAAAUCCAAUCAAAUCAAGUGGUGAGGAUUUAUUCUCUCAAUUUAAAAUUAAACAAUUCCUUGCCGAUACAUCAUCACAGCUAUCAUAUCACGGUCUAUAUGAAUUACACUCCAAAUUGAAUGAAGGAGAAUUGGUAAUUUUCUUUAGAAACAAUCAUUUCAACACAAUGCUUAAAAGAAAUUCCGAACUUUAUUUAUUGGUAACUGAUGAAGGUUAUAUUAACGAACCUAUAGUAUGGGAAAGACUCUCUCAAAUUGAUGGUGACACCGAAUAUGUUUUACAUGACUUUAAAAACUUUAAAAAAGAAGAUCUUUAUUCAAGCUUUGACAAUCAAAAUAAUGGCCCAAACAAUGUAGUUGUUAAUACUGAUGCUAUGACCGAUGAAGAGUUGGCUCAUUACAUUAAUAAUCAAGAAAAUCAACCCUCUAUAGACCAAGAUUUCGCAGUUGCUUUACAACUCCAAAAUCAAGAAAAUGCUAAAGCUGGUUACAGAAAACCAAAAGAAAAAAAAGAGAAAAAACAAAAAGAGCAAAAUAAUAAUAACAACAAAGAAAGUAAAUUUUGUAAAACCCAAUAAUUAUUAUUUAAAAUAAAAAAAAAAAUAAAAAAAAUAGAAAAAUAUAUUUAUUUGUAAAUAAAAAAAAAAAUAAAAAAUUUUAAAAGU